AUGAAUGACACGGAGCUCCUGGACCUGCUGCCUUUCUUCGAGGGACUGAGCAAAGAAGAAGACGUUUACGGGGUCCUGCAGAACCUGAGAGGCAGGGGGGACGCCCUGGAGUCUCACUGUGGAAAAACCUGUCAUGUGACCCCGCUCUCCUCUCCCGGUGACCGGCUGCCUUCUGAGUGCCGUCAGAAAAAAGAAAAAUAUCCCAGGAGCACUGUGUUUGACGGAAAAAAAAACCGCCAGAAAACGGUGCCAGAUCUGGUUCAGAUCAUGAAAGGUCUGGUGCUUUCGGGUUAUUCUCCAGAACAUGAUGUGGCAGGAAUCAGCGAUCCCUUUCUACAGGUCCGCAUCUUGAGGCUGCUGAGGAUCCUCGGUCACAACAACGAAGGAGCCAGUGACGCCAUGAACGACCUACUGGCUCAGGUGGCGACCAACACUGACAGCACUAAGACUGUGGGCAAUGCUGUGCUGUAUGAAACUGUUCUCACCGUGCUGGACAUCAAGUCAGAAAGUGGCCUCAGGGUUCUGGCUGUGAACAUUCUGGGAAGAUUUCUCCUGAACAACGACAGAAACAUUCGGUACAUUGCCAUGACCUCUCUUCAAAAGAUUGUUGGGACAGACCACAAUGCAGUGCAGCGCCACCGGGGAACCAUCGUGGACUGCCUGAAGGACCAGGAUGCUUCAGUCAAGCGCCGUGCGUUGGAGCUCUCCCUGGCACUGGUGUCGGCAACCAACGUCCGCUCCAUGAUGAAGGAGCUGCUCAUCUUCCUCUCCUCCUGCCCCCAAGAGCUCAAGUCUCAUGCUGCCAGUGGCAUAUUCAACGCUGCAGAGAGGUAUGCCCCCUCCCAGCGCUGGCACAUUGACACCAUCCUGCAUGUCCUCACCACGGCAGGGGGGGACGUGAGAGAUGAAACUGUGCCCAACUUAAUCCAGCUCAUCACCAACGCAUCGGAGCUGCACUGCUACACCGUCCACAAGCUCUACCGGGCUCUGCUCCUCGACAUCUCCACGCAAUCCCUGGUGCAGGUGGCGUGCUGGUGUAUAGGAGAGUACGGAGACCUGCUGCUGAGAGGAGAGUGUCAGGAGACUGAGCCUGUGCAGGUACAUGCAGCACCAACACUGAAAGAAUAUUAUCAGUAGGGAUUCAACCUAUUU